CCCCAGGCCACAUCACUCGCCGUUCCUUCACUCCACUCGCCUCGGGAGGCCGUUAGUCCGAAACCCACUGUCGCGGCGUCCACACAUAUCCACUAGGUUUAGUCACAAAUAAGGUACAAUGAGGGAAAUAGUGCACCUGCAGGCUGGCCAGUGCGGUAACCAGAUCGGCGCUAAAUUCUGGGAGAUCAUAUCGGAGGAGCACGGCAUCGACCCGGCCGGCGUGUAUCGAGGCACCAGCGACCUACAGCUCGAGCGAAUCUCCGUCUACUACAAUGAGGCCUCUGUUGCGACGGCGGAGAACGGCGGCAAGUACGUGCCCCGCGCCAUCCUCCUCGACCUGGAGCCCGGUACCAUGGACGCCGUGCGCUCCGGCGCCUACGGCCAGCUGUUCCGCCCAGACAACUUCGUCUUCGGCCAGUCCGGCGCCGGCAACAACUGGGCCAAGGGACACUACACCGAGGGCGCCGAGCUCGUCGACGCGGUCCUAGACGUCGUCCGCAAGGAGUGCGAAAACUGCGACUGUCUCCAGGGCUUCCAACUCACGCACUCCCUCGGCGGCGGCACCGGCUCCGGCAUGGGCACCCUCCUCAUCUCCAAAAUCAGAGAAGAAUACCCCGACAGAAUCAUGAACACCUACUCAGUCGUCCCCUCGCCCAAAGUGUCAGACACCGUCGUCGAACCCUACAACGCCGUCCUCUCCAUCCAUCAGCUAGUCGAAAACACAGACGAAACCUACUGCAUAGACAACGAAGCCCUAUACGACAUCUGCUACAGAACCCUCAAAGUGCCCAACCCCACUUACGGAGACCUCAACCACCUAGUCUCACUCACGAUGUCCGGCGUGACCACGUGUCUGCGGUUCCCCGGUCAGCUGAAUGCGGAUCUCCGCAAGCUGGCCGUGAACAUGGUCCCCUUCCCGCGUCUGCACUUCUUCAUGCCCGGCUUCGCUCCCCUGACCUCCCGCGGCAGCCAGCAGUACCGCGCGCUCACCGUGCCCGAGCUCACCCAGCAGAUGUUCGACGCCAAGAACAUGAUGGCGGCCUGCGACCCGCGCCACGGCCGCUACCUCACCGUCGCCGCCAUCUUCCGUGGACGCAUGUCCAUGAAGGAGGUCGACGAGCAGAUGCUGUCGAUUCAGAACAAGAACAGCAGCUUCUUCGUGGAAUGGAUUCCGAACAACGUGAAGACGGCGGUGUGCGAUAUUCCUCCGAAGGGGUUGAAGAUGUCGUCUACGUUUAUCGGUAACACGACGGCCAUUCAGGAGUUGUUCAAGAGGAUAUCGGAGCAGUUCACGGCUAUGUUCAGGCGUAAGGCGUUCUUGCAUUGGUAUACUGGGGAGGGUAUGGACGAGAUGGAGUUUAACGAGGCGGAGAGCAACGUGAACGACCUGGUGUCGGAGUACCAGCAGUACCAGGAGGCGACGGCGGAGGACGACACGGAGUUCGACCAGGAAGACAUGGAGGAGCUGGCGCAGGACGAGCAGCACGACUAGAGAAGGCCGCGUGUUGGGACGCGUUUCACCGUUUGUGAUGUCAAAAAUGCUGGUCAUAUAAGUGCGGUCAGGCUUCCCGCAUCAUCUCACUUCUACACUUUCGAAAAUUAGAGGCUAAGAUAUCUUCUGUAAAACCAAAGCAUCGUGACUCUUCGUGGGACCUCUCGCACUGUUAUCCGUCAACGCCGUUGACGCGCCGUAAGAGUGCAAAUGAUAAUAAUAAAUAAUAUUUUAUAAUAUUAUAUUGAAUAGUAUUAUAUCGAAGUCUGUUUUUAAAAGUGAAUUUUAUAGAUAUCUAAGAGUCAGAAAUUCAUAAGGAACGUACCAAUCUGUGCAUUUCUUAGCUUAAGUUAU